AUGUCGUCCGCUUCUGCAAUCGGCAAUCGCAACAGCACACCGGUCGAGAACACAUCCUCCCUUCGACCUCCAUCCUCUCGUCCUUUGAACUCGCAUCAGCUGCGUGCUUCAGCCGAUAUGGCUGCCUUCCAGACCUCGCCAUCCUCGAGCCGUAUCCGGCCUUCGUCCGAUUUCUAUGGCACCCAACAAGGACAACCACAAGGUGGAGCAGACAAUGAUUCACAGGAUAAAAUCGCACAACAAUGGAUAGCCGAUAUUGACCAGUAUGAGAACACCUUGGAGGAGAUGGCCGCGGCGACUUUAGACCAAGACUUCAAGGAUGAGCUCUCAGCUAUUGAGCAAUGGUUUCGAGUACUCAGUGAGGCUGAACGGACUGCUGCAUUAUAUGCACUACUUCAGCAAACCACCCAGGUCCAGAUACGAUUUUUCAUCCAGGUUUUGCAGCAGAUGGGGAAGAGUCACCCAAUGUCUGGCGUACUCUCCCCCGCAAAUUUUGACAAAGAUCCGAUGUCUAAUAGACUCAGCGAUGCCAUGAACAAGUUAAGUGUUGAUGGCAACAGGAACUCCUUAACUCGGCCUCCCGCGACUCCCGGCUUGAAGAGACAUUCUGGGCUCGACCCAUCUACCAUCAAUGCCAUGUUUCCUGAUGCCGCCGCAGCUAUUGCAACCGAAAAAGCAAAAUUCACGCAGCAAACUGGAAAUCCUCCAUCCUCAAACCGCAACAGUGCUGCCUAUGAUAAUCGCAAUUCACUUGCGGCACCAACUAUAGCUGGCCCGGCCGAAUCUGGGGACAACAACCAGCAACCGCCACCAUCCCCUUGGGGUUCGCGAGGCACGGAGAACGUUCGACCUAAGUCGUCUUCUGGCCAGCCACCAAUGGGUCAAUUUAUCCAGCCACCUCCAUCAGCAGGUCUCCGUUCGCCUGCCGCUCAAGGACUGGCUGCAAACUCCAAUCUACAGAGCACGACGAUCAAUGUACCUGAUAACCAGGGAUCUGGACUGCCUCCACUAUCUCCAUACGGUGGAAAUGGUAACUGGGCUUCUAUGGUCAACACUCCCAUGGUUCCGAGUUUCAACGCUCCUAAUAGCACAACUCAGGCAGAUAUGGUUGCAAAUGCCACAGCUAUGAAACUUGCUGCGCUUUCCACAGUAAACAACCGUUUUGCGCUAGAUGAUGUACGCAAAUAUCGUCGAGCUCGGUCAAAUGACGGAAAUGGUCCUCUUUCUCCUGGUCUACAGAGCAACAUGCCUGGAGCCGUGAUCAUGGUUAAUGAACAUGGCCAGGUGAUAAGCAGAGAUCACGUCAUGGCUCUUCAAGCACAGCAGCAACAACAACAGAGCAUGGGUCUCGGCGCUCGUCGAUCACGACCAAAUUCUCCAGGUCUCUCGAUGCAGGGAGGCGGUUUCAGCCAGCUGGGAUUCGCCUCCCCUCAAAAUAACGGGUUCCUUGCCGCCUAUGAUGGCCCAUCUCCACUAAUGAACAAUGGCAUGGGUAGUCUUAAUUUGGCUCAGUUUGGCCUCAAUGGUCCCGAGGGCUAUUUAUCAGACCACAGUGAGAUGAAUCGUGGUCGAUCGCCAAGAGGUAGACGUGGAAGCUCUAAGCCCCCAGAAGAUCCAACCGACCCAAGUCUUCUUCAAGAUAUUCCAAGUUGGUUAAGAAGCUUGAGGCUUCAUAAAUAUACCGACAAUCUGAAAGACAUGAACUGGCCUGAACUUGUCGAGCUCGAUGACAAGGCUUUAGAAGAGAGAGGGGUCAAUGCCCUGGGCGCAAGAAGGAAGAUGCUCAAGGUAUUCGAGCAAGUCAAGGAGGCUAAAGCGGAAGGAAAACUUUCUUAA